AUGGGCUGCGCCCUGGACCCUAGCCAGGCCCUGGCACAUCUGGCAGGAAUGGAUACACGAACUGUCAACACACCAGAUAAUUCCGGGUUCGUAGUCAGGUUUGGAAGGCGUUUUGAAUCCCCUCUUUUGUGGCAAAGCAUUAUCAUGAUCAUUACUAUGUUACUGAUGCUGAAACUGUGCACUGAAGUACGUGUGUCCAACGAGCUAAACAUAAAACGCCGCUCUUUUGCAGGUUAG